AUGAAAGCGGAAAGGAUGCCAGGAUACCCGGCGGAAUCCUCGUCGGAUCCGUGUUCCUGCUUUGAAGACGUUGGUGAGAGACAUGAGACGGAACAGGGUACUUGGCAACAGCUGGAUCUCAACCGUCGUCGUUCCUCGAAGGCCAAGCCUGGGCGAAAUAAGGUGAAAUUGGUUGCCGUUCCACCUAUCCUGGGAGAAAGACUACUGCCAUCUAUCAUAUGGCUGAGCCAGCAGUAUUCACCACUUCGUGAGGGUGAAUUGACAAGACCCAAGUCUGGACAGUUGCCAGAGACCCAUGUUACAUGGAAGGGGAAGUACGAUCCAUCGCUCGAGUUGACAACUGUGGGAAAGUUUGUAUCUACGAGUACACACACUUCCGAGACGGCGGGGUUUACCGGAACGGGGAUAAGAACAAUUGGAGGUGCUUGA